GGAAGGCGGUGUGCUACCGGUAGCCAUAACCUUAAUCGUCAAUGACAUCACUAGCUGCUGGCAGUCGCCUUUUCAGCCAGAACAACGAAACAACAACCACAACUUGACCGAAAGAGGACGAGACAAUAGAGACAAGAGGUGAGGAGAGAGACACACACACAGAGCAAGAUGAGCGGCGAAGACUGGCACCAAGUAACUCAACAGAACCGCCGUCAAGUAGUAGGCGGAGACCGUACCAAGCAGCCCCAAGCUUGGCCUCGGCAACAGCAUGUUCCGCAUUCCCACAAAGAUUCUCGCCCGGGCCCUCAGAAUGGAUCUCACCAGCAACCACCCAAUCACAGUGGCAAUAAGCAAUCGUGGAGACACAACAACGAUACUGAUCAACGAAGAAAUCAGCCAAUACAGCAUCAACAGCCCCAGCAACAUCGACGACAGCAGCCACACCCUCCAAAGGCCCGAAACGCCCCGCUGCCUCCGCAGAAUGCAUGGAAUAAUACCGGUACCGGUACCGGUACCGGUAGAGCACCCCAGAAACAGGAUCCACGCUUUCAUUCAGAAGCUGCUGCGCCUCCCGUACCAGCACCGGCAAAUGCCAGUGCCAGUGCCAUGCCAAAGGCUCAAGGCACGUGGGCAACAAUGGCAUCCGCCAAAAGGUCUGGUGGUCCCAAUAACAAUCAAAAUCACAAUACUAGAGGGACCAACAAGGGACCAACCUCAGCGAAAACAACGCCUCCUUCGAUUGUCUCCCCCGACACGAAUCAACAAAAGGGUAAUAAAAACCAGAAAAGGGCUCCCCAUCAAAAAGACCAAAAGAAUAACAAGAAAAACAACAAUGCCACUGCCAACCAAAGGCAAAUCCAUGGUAAAAAGCCAAAACUCGCUAGCAUGAGCAUGGGCGACUUGGUGCCGAAAAUUACAACAAUACUCCCCAAAGACAAAAACAACAAACCAAACAAUAGCAACAAUCAUAAUUCUCAACGACCAGCGACACAGAAAUCAUUCAGUUUGCAGGAAUCCCAAGACUUUCCAGCCCUUGCAACCACCAGCAAUAACUGGCCUUCACUUGGGCAGCAGGCAAGUAGACCUGUGCGGGCGGCUACUGCCAAGAAAGCUGCACAAGAAUCAUCACAGAAUAACAACAACACCAAUACUCCAAAGAAACGAAAAAAUGCCUCAUCACAACAAGUCACUGACACCAAGACUGGCAAAGCCAAGAAGAAAGACUCAAGUCCACUUGGCAACGGCGCCAACAACAACAUGCUGGCAGGGAGACCCGACGCCAAUCAUUUGCAAGCACAGUUCUUGCUACCACCCGGAAAGAUGCUCCUGGAUCCGAAACUGGAUGCCGCCCAUGGGGGAGAUGCCCAACAGUUGAUGUUCAUGAUGAAGAAUCAAGGGCAGAUGAUGAAGGGGCGACAACGAAUCAAACCGCGAAAGAAACGAUUCACUGCUCUAAAGCGAAAAAUAUUGUUGGAGCGUCUCAAGGUUUGGAAGGAAUCGCAAGGCGGAGCUGCUUCUGUGGAAAGCAACGUGGAGGAGGAUGGCGAAUCACUUACAGUGUGUGUAGAGGGAUUUGUGACGCGGGAAGAGUUGGAAGACGAAGACGAAUAUGAAGAGGUCUUGGCAAACUUUCAAGACAUGGUGGAAAAGGUGGGAGAAUUCAAACAAAUCUUUAUCCCUCGAGCUGAACAUGACGCCCACGAGGCAGCCGAGGAUUCACAGCCAGUCUUUGUUCGCUUUUCAACGUCAACUUUGGCGAGGGCUGCCAGGGACUGUUGGGACGGAUUGGUUAUUGGUGGUGAGCCAUUGAGAGCAACUGUUGUUGCAUUAAUAGUCGGCGGUAUCGGUGAGGAUACGAAGGAGGAGGAAGUUUGGCAGGACGCAUGUUUACAAUCUACAAAGGGCCAAUACCUGCAACCAGAAGACGGAUUUGUUGCUGAAACCAAUACGAUUUUGGCUACUAGUACGAAGGCCGAGUUGUUGUUGCAGAACAUCCUCACCGAAGACGAUCUCGAGGAAGCAGAAUGCCUCGAGGAAUCGUUGGGCGAUGUUCGUUCAUUGUUGAACAAAUAUGGUACUGUCUCAAACUUGGACACUGAGGGCACUAGCAUCUUGGCCACUUUCGAUGACAUGAACGAGGCAACGCUCCAUGAAACUGCGAGCGAGUUGAAUGGGAUGUGUCUAGGCGGUCAAAUCGUCACUGUCAAAGUGUUGGAACGGGAAGCGAUUGAAACCAGUUGUGUAGUUUUACGCAACAUCCUGACAGAGGAUGACAUUGAAGAUGACGAAUGCCUUGAAGAAAGCCUUGAUGACGUUCGGGAGCUGGCUUGCAAGUACGGGACUGUGAUCAACAUCGAUGCAGCGAAGACAGACAGCCCGAGCACCAGCACUGUGAAAGUAACAUAUUCAACGGCUUCGGAAGCAGAAGCUGCAGCGACGGAGUUUUCGGGUAUGGUAAUCGGUGGAGAAACAGUUACAGCAUCUUUUGAAGAUGCAAAAGGAAGCGUGGCUCUCACAAACUCCACCAAUGGGGACACACAAUCUGGCGAGACCGGAGUUGGAACAAACGAAGAGCAGGCUGAGUCAGGACAGCCAAAGCCAAUGUUUUCUGGUGACAAGCGCAUACCAGAGCGGUUUGCCGAGUGCAAACGAGCUCCCAAGGUGCCAAAUAAAGGGACACCAAGGAGUUAUGCUGUGCUGAUUGAUGAUGACACUGUGAAACCCCUUCUGGUCGAAAUGCUGAACGAGUUGAUGCGGUUACAGAUGCGAGCAUUGAAUGACAAGAACGCAAAAGCCAGACGUCGAGUUGUUGUCGGGCUCAGAGAAUGUCACCGGUGUCUUCGAGCGAACAAAGCGAAAAUGAUAAUCAUGGCAAACAACCUUGACGAUUAUGGGGCAAUCGACGACAAGCUGCAAGAGAUUCUUGAUUUAGCGGCGGAAAAGGAGAUACCUGUGCUGUUUGAACUGAGCAAGCGAGUGCUGGGGAAGGCCGUGGGGAAGAAGAUCAAGGUGUCUGUCGUUGCCAUUCAGGGGACCGACGGUGCUCAUCAACAGUUUGUGAAGUUGUCAAAACUUGCUCACAAAACCCCCAAGACCGGAGGCCAAGGAGGGAGUUGAAAUACUGACCUUUCAUCGAAGGCGAAACUAGCUUUUGAGCCUCUGUCUUACUGGUACCAGUACGCGUUCACUUCGUAGUGUCUUGUUUUAAAUUAGGGCUAGCUCUAGGUUUCUAUACACGAGG